GUUUAAUUUCAGCAUGUGAGUGAGCUAGUUAGCUACAUCUUAUUUAACUGUCACUUGCGGAAAUGGACGAAGAAGAAACGGGAGGAUACAGAGAGCCCUGUAGCAUGUGUGCCGCAGUGGACUGGGGCAUAUCCGACGAGGGCAGGUUCUAUUGCAAAUCUUGCCACAAUGUGAUUGAGAGGACGAGAGAAGUGGUGGAUACCAGCACUUUAAUGAUGGGUUGCAGUAGGAUAUCCUCUAUAUCAAAGUCCUCUAAAACCAAAAAACUAGAACAUGGGUGGGAAUGGAUGGUUUGUGAGGGUUUUCAGUUCAUCCUCAAACACCAGGCUGAAGCCCUCCUGGACUUGGGAGUCUGUUCCUACUUUAAGGACGAUGUUCUGUGUAAGUUUUGGAGGAUGUACCUUCAGAAAAGCAGACAAGCCUACACCAACGACCCUGUCAGUACUUCGAAAUUUAAAGUGCGCACCCAGGACUCAGAGUCAGACAGCGCUCCAGAAUCCUCCGUCUGGUCUGUCAGUGAGACAGAGGAGCUGGGUUGGAGCAGCGGAGCAGGCUCUGCAGCAGAGAACUUGAGCGAUGGGCUCUCGGUGACCUCAGGCUCCGUGGACGCGUCGUUCUAUCUCACCCCACACCAGCGCAAGAGUCCGAGGAUGAUGAGCAUGCCCAAGACCCUGGCGCUGUGCUACCUGGCACUGCUUUGGGCCCGGGAGGCUUUCACACUGGCAGACCUGCUCAGGUUGGUGAGCGAGGGGUGCAUCCCCUAUGUGAACGCCCACGAGGGCUUCCCAGAGGAGAUGAGGCUCUACGGCCGAGACGCGCUCAUCUUCAGAGUGGAGUCCAUCCCCUCUCACAGGGCCUUGCAUAAGGAGGCCUGCAGCCUGGCUGUGUUCCUGGACCUGCCCCCGUUCCCCCCCAUCACCCAGGACUGCCUGUUGCACCCCUCCCUCCUCACCAUCCGCUACCUCACUGAAGUCAACCUGCCAGAUGAAGUACAGGACUUUGUGUGCCGGGUGAUAGAACAGGCUGGUAUGGAGGACGAGGCCCUUCACAGCUUCAAACCCAUGAAGUCCAGGUGUAUUCUCCCUCUCUACGACGUCCAGGCCGCGGCCCUGAUCAUCGUCACCAUGAAACUACUCUUCAAAUUGGACGACAGAAGAGAAUGGGAUCUGGCAAACACUGCCAGUGACAUGAAUAAGGAAACUCCAGGGGAGAACUGCUUCAAUGUAAGGAAAUGGUACAAGAUGGUGGAGUCUGCCCUGACCAGAGCUAGACAGAGACAAGAGGAGAACAUUGCUAGAAAGCAUUGGAAGUCCCAGAAAGUUCUUUACACGUCGAAAAAGUACAAGACUGUUGUUCUCAAGAGAAGACGUGUUGCGGAGCAGCUACAGAUGACCUUCCAGAAGCUGUCUGGCUCGUCUCCCAGCCCCCCACCCUCCUCUCCCUCCAGCUUCUGCUUCCGCUGGGGGGGGGAGGACGAGGAGCACGGGGCUGUGGACGGGCCCAGCUUGCACCAGCAGAACCUGGGCAGCCUGGUAGUGUUGCGAGAUGGAGAACUCCAGCCUUCCAACCCGACGUACUGGCACCCCUCCUUGAGGGUCUGCCAGGACAGGGGCUGCAGGAGUCACUAUGAUGAAGUGGAAGACACUCUGCCCAAAAUGUUUGUUUGGUUGCUGCAGCUGUUCUCCUUCAUCCUGAAUGUCCAACCAAGCUGUGUGUACGAGGAAGUCCUGAAGGUAGAGAGACGUUUCCUCCGAAAAAAUCCCAAACUAAAGUAGGAGCAACGCCCAGAAAAACACUAGGUAAACACCAUGGAAACAAACUAGAAAAACACGUUCUGGUGACUGAAGGAAGAGACUCAUUGACCUAAUUACUGUGUAGUUCAGAUGUAUUGAUAGACAGGUUUUGUGUGUGUGUGUGAUUUGCUGUUGUAUAUAUUUUGUCCUUUUGUAAAAUUGGUCUUUGAAUAAAAAAUAAUUUGA